AGAUGGACCACAAUCAAUACACUUCACCACAACUGUCAAAGUGACAUUCAGAGCGACCUUGCACUUGCUAUUUCCGAAUUUUUGACGGAUGUUAUGAUACUGGGUUAUGAUACUGGGUCUUCCAAUUCCAAUGGUCUUGAGAUUGCAAAUGUCAACCGGUAGAAAGGUCGCAGUCUUAGCAGUCUUCGGACUAGGAUCUAUAGCUCUCGUCGCAUCCAUUGUUCGGCUGGCUUUGUUCGUCAACAUCACUGGCAUUGCAUCGGACAAGAUCAAAGAUCCUAACGCAGAUAAUGAUUUAUUGACAACGCGUUCUCUAUUCUGGUCCAUGUUAGAGUCGGGUCUUGCACUUGUGGCAUGUUGCUUGCCCUCUCUGAACUCCUUGGCUGGGCUACCUGCAUUUCGUUCAAUGAUUGACAGUCUUCGAAGUAUUGCUAGUCUUCAUUCAUCAUUUGAGCAUUACAAAAUAAGCCAAGGGAAUGACAACUCCCAAAUCAAAGCCAAAGAUCCAUCUUCGGCUUCUCGAAAAGCUCUAGUGCCAGAAUCUGCUGAUUUCGCUGAGAUCGAGACAUAUGCGAUGGGUGAUGUACCAAAAAUUUAUCACGGAAAAAGUGCUGGAGAAGACGUUAUUUGGGUCGAUAAAGUCGUAGAGCAGCAGAAACAUACUGUGUAAAAUAAUCGCGAAGUCUUGAACAAACCAUGGUCUGAAAAUUUGUUGGAUAUUGAGAAGUAUUGGG